GCUCCGGCGGCCUAGGCUCCCGCCCGCGGCCUCCCCGGCCAUGGCGCUCAACAAUUUCCUCUUCGCGCAGUGCGUCUGCUACUUCCUGGCCUUUCUGUUCAGCUUCGUGGUGGUGGUGCCGCUGUCCGAGAACGGCCACGACUUCCGCGGCCGCUGCCUGCUCUUCACCGAGGGCAUGUGGCUGAGCGCCAACCUGACGGUGCAGGAGCGCGAGCGCUUCACGGUGCAGGAGUGGGGCCCGCCGGCCGCCUGCCGCUUCAGCCUGCUCGCCAGCCUCCUGUCGCUGCUGCUCGCCGCGGCGCACGCCUGGCGCACGCUCUUCUUCCUCUGUAAGGGGCACGAGGGCUCCUUCCUCUCUGCCUUCCUGAACCUGCUGGUCAGCGCCUUCGUUGUUUUCCUCGUCUUCAUCGCCAGCACCAUCGUGAGCGUGGGCUUCACCAUGUGGUGUGACGCGGUCACUGAGAAGGGCACCGUGCCCCACAGCUGCGCAGAGCUUCAGGACAUCAACCUGGAGCUGAAUGUGGACAACUCCGCCUUCUACGAUCAGUUCGCCAUUGCCCAGUUUGGCCUCUGGGCCUCGUGGCUGGCCUGGCUGGCCAUCACCGCCCUGGCCUUCGUCAAGGUCUACCACAACUGCCGCCAGGAGGACCUGCUGGACAGCCUGGUCCACGAGAAGGAGCUGCUGCUGGCCCGGCCGGGCCCCCGCGCCUCCUUCCAGGAGGAGAAAAGUGCCAUCAUCUAGGGGCCCCCACACCCCCACUGCCCGGGGAGGGGCUGGGGUCUGCCUGCAUGUCUCCCCGAGGCACUGUGUUGUGACCCUGCUCACCCGAGCGCCCGUCCCGAUUCCCGCUGUGACCGGUGGCUGACCGGGGCGGGCUGGCCCUCAGCGGGGCGGCACAGAGGACCUGGGGCUGUGCGGACCUCCAUGUGCCUGCCCAGUGAGGCCUGGCUGGCGAGGCUGGUGGCAGGGUGUCCAGCCCCUCAGACCGCUUUGACCGUCAGGUCCGGCUCCGCCCCUUGUCCCCCGUGUGAUUCUGUGCACAUUUCCUGGAAGCACCCUGUGUCCCCAGAGUGACCCCACCAGCCCCCGAUGGCUACACAUCACUCUUGUCAGUUGCUCCUGAGUGUUUGUGGGACAAGAUCCUGUGACCUGGGGCAGGCUGAGCACAGGAAGGGGCUUACGUGCGACCCGACUCCUGGCCCUGAGCGGCCACCCCAGGCUGAGCCCCUGUUCCAGGCCAGGGUCCCCAGGCGUCCAGGCCCGGUCUUGGCAUGGAAAGUGCAAGGACAGUCGUGUUGGCCUGGACUCACGUGGUGGCUGUGUGGGUGUCCUGGGAGUGGCCGCAGGGCCCAAGUGGGGACCCCUUGUGGCUGGGCCCAGCGUUUGCCUCACUGUGUGGGCUGGGCCUGUGCUGGCGAGUGGGAGGGGCCAGGUGCCACCAAAGGUGUCUGCGUGUGCAUGUGAGGGUGUGCGUGUACACGUGUGAGUGUGCGAGUGUAUGAGAGCAUGCCCGUGCCCUGUGUGAGUGUAUGCGUGUGAG